AUGAACCCAACUUGUAUAGCAGCUACAUUGUUGGAUAGGUCUAUUCCUUUCAUAAGACAGCAAUUUGUCUUCGUAGCGCUAAACUUGAUGAUAUGGGAUAUUUUUUUCAUGAUUAGACGACAGAAGUUAACUUUAUUUACCGAUUGUAAGGAGACUAAUACAGUGUUGGAUUUAAAGAAAAUAAUCGAUGGUGUUACGAAAGUAAACCCUGAAGAUCAACGAUUGUUCAAAGGGGAUGAAAUUCUAGACGAUAGUAAACUCUUGAGCGAUUGUGGCUUUAGUACAAGCACCGCUCGUGCUCAGGAACCUGCUUUUCUUGGUUUAGCGUUUCGUGGCGAAGAUGGAGAAUUCGAACCAUUGAAUAUAGCUCCUUUAACGCAGCCGCCUGAUCUUCCUGAAGUUAUGAAACAAAGAGGUGAACCUAGUUCGGAUGGAAACUCAGACCAGACUGAAAAAUAG